AUUGUGUAAAGACAUAUUAGAUAUACUGCUGGCAAUAGGCAAUUCUUGUUAUCAGUAGAUACAGUAUAUACUAGUAAAAGUACUUUGUAGUAAAGAUCCCCUUAAUCAAAAGGUUAAACAAAGAAUAGCAUGACACGAUGCAGGUAAGAGUUUGAGAAUUUUCCUUCCGAUUAAAACUUCAAAUCCCUAACACCCCUGUUCCACUCCAACUCAGGCGACUGACAACUACUGCGCCAAGGACUAAACGCCGUGGCUUAUCAGUGGUCCGAUGGAUCUGUCAAUAAAAUAAUGGAGUACUCUACCAAUCCCCUUUGCUUGUGCAUUGAAGUAGGCGGGCCUCCGUGUUUCCAUAGCUAGUGUGUGGUUGUAAUCCGUUGCUAUCAACCUGACACAACUUUGUUUACUAUUCAUUCAUGCAUUUCGCUAGCAUAGCAUUUUUCACAGCAAAACAUUAUAAAUGUCAGCGACAAUGAGGUCAUCCUGACUUUUAAUGUUAGCGAUUUAAAUUUUUGCUCGAGGCUGAUGCCUUUUGCUGUGUGUGUCGUCAGGUCGGGGCAUCCCUUCCCUUUAAUGCGUUUGGGUUGCAGUGGCCUCUGGACAGCGGCUGUGUGAAUUAAAAUCGAUUCACAUCUUUUCUAAACAUUGAGCUGCUCCGAAAACAUGUUUAUUUUAUAAAGAUGCCGGUGAGGGGGACCCUGUAACAUAAAUGACUGUCAGAAAUAUCGCCUCCAUCUGUAAUAUGGGCACCAAUGCCUCUGCUCUGGAAAAAGACAUUGGUCCGGAGCAGUUCCCAAUCAACGAACACUACUUUGGAUUGGUCAACUUUGGGAACACAUGUUACUGUAACUCGGUGCUCCAGGCUCUGUAUUUCUGUCGACCGUUCCGGGAGAACGUUCUGGGCUACCGGGCCCAGCAGAAGAGGAAGGAGACCCUGCUCACCUGCCUGGCCGACCUGUUCCACAGCAUCACCACCCAGAAGAAGAAGGUGGGGGUCAUACCCCCCAAGAAGUUCAUCUCCAGACUGCGCAAGGAGAACGAUCUCUUUGAUAACUACAUGCAGCAGGAUGCCCAUGAGUUCCUCAACUACCUUCUCAACACAGUAGCGGACAUCCUCCAGGAGGAGAGGAGGGGGGAGGGCGGCAGGGGGGAGCGGCCCAACGGCCGUCUGAAGAGCGUUGCCGCGGAGACGGAGGCAGAGUCCAAGGCGGAGCCCACCUGGGUGCAUGACAUCUUCCAGGGAACGCUGACCAAUGAGACGCGCUGCCUCAACUGUGAGACGGUAAGCAGUAAAGACGAGGACUUUCUGGAUCUUUCUGUGGAUGUGGAGCAGAACACCUCUAUUACACACUGUCUCAGGGACUUCAGCAACACUGAGACGUUGUGUAGUGAAUAUAAAUACUACUGUGAGACCUGCUGUAGCAAACAGGAGGCGCAGAAACGCAUGCGUGUGAAGCGUCUCCCCAUGAUCCUGGCUCUGCACCUGAAGAGGUUCAAGUACAUGGAGCAGCUCCACCGCUACACCAAGCUGUCCUAUCGCGUGGUCUUCCCCCUGGAGCUCCGCCUCUUCAACACCUCGGCCGACGCCCUCAACCUGGACCGCAUGUACGACCUGGUGGCCGUGGUGGUACACUGUGGGAGCGGGCCCAACCGAGGUCAUUACAUCACCAUAGUGAAGAGUCAUGGGUUCUGGCUGCUGUUUGAUGAUGACAUCGUAGAGAAAAUUGACGCCCAGGCCAUCGAGGAAUUCUACGGUCUGACCUCGGACAUCUCCAAGAACUCUGAGUCUGGAUACAUCCUCUUCUACCAGUCCAGGGAGUGACGGGCGGAGGGAGGAGAGAGACACUAAGAGAGAGAAAGAGAGAGGUAGGAGAGAGAGACACACUGAGAGAGAUAGAG